AUGGAGCUGCUUCUUUCCAAGAAAACUUCGACUUUGAGGAAGCGGGCAUCCCUCUCAUUCUUAUUUCAUUCACAGAAACCUACUUUCGCGAUCCUGCAAGGACCGCCUCGCUACUAUGACUUUGUUGAUACUCCCGUUCUCUUCCGUCUGUCUUCGCCAUUCAUUGAUCGUCAAAAGAUCUCUCGUGAGCUGGAGGCAGAUAUUCGAUAUGCCUGCUCACUGCUCGUAUAUCGCGUUGAGCGAGGUGUGCCCUCGCGGGCCACCAAGCAAAUGAGUUCGCUCCCGGAGAAGAGCACAGUCACAUCGGCCAAUAAAUCGUCUGCGACCAAGCCACAGAUUGAGUCCAAAUACUCAGGCCCUAAUGUUGGCCCUGAGGCAGCGGCCCUGGCCGGGAUCCAUGAUUCGGGCGUCGGGUUGACGCAGCAGCCCAGUCGACAGACUAUGCGGGUGCUGCACUCCUCUCAAUCCGACAAAUCAUCAGGUUCAGGGGCAGGAUCGAACCCGCCUGCCGGUCAGGAACGAUGCACUACGUCGUAUUCUGCGCCUCCCGAUCCGACAUCCACGGAGAGAAGAAGCAGCCACCCGUCCGUCAGCAGUCCCAAGCAGCCGGAGAUGCAAUCCAUGGUCGGGGUCGCGGCCAUCGGCCACACCCAGGGACCACCAGACCAGGACACGAGGAACUUUCUCGCCGACGACAGCAAGUCACCGUCCCUCGACACUGUCGAAGAUGUCUCCGAUGACGUCGAAGUGUUCCUCAACCCGGAUGCUACGCUCAUGGCCACUGGCGUGGCUAGCUUUUCUUCCCCUGAGACCUUGCUGAACCUCUCCUCGCCUGAUGCGCGGGCAUCAGACAACCAGCCCAGCAGCUGGUCUCACUCCGCCGGCUCGUGCACCACGCAGACAGAUCCAACGCCAAUGGUCGGCCUCGGCACCACCACCGUCCCAGCCCCCGAACAGCAAGCCGGCAUCAUUAUCGACAGCAACGGAUACAUGCACGUGAUGAGCGCCGAGGAGGAAUCUCAGCGCAACGUGCACCUUCAGCAAGCCGUUAUGGCGAAGAUGCAAUCAUGCACAGACCUCAACCAGACCGCCCAGGCCCAGGCCCAGAGCACUGAGCCCGAGUCCGCGACCAAACGACCGCACUCUCGACUACAUUCCGCCUGGUCUACCAAAACUAGGAGCACCAUGUCCAAAUGGAGAAGCCGAUUUGACGAGCCCCAGUCCGAGAAGCCUGCGGGAACGGGCUUCUUCCAGAAAAUCGCGACUUUUUUUGGCAAGCGGCGGGCUCAGGCUGUUUAG